AUGGGCCUGAAUCCGUACCUGGGCCUGCGUGGCAAUGCCCUCCUCCGUGCGGCCGUCAUGUUGGUCGUCUGUCCGACCUUUGUCUGCUAUGGCUACAACAUGAGUGUGGCCGGCGGUCUGUUGACCCUCGAGACCUUUAACCUGCAAUUUCCCCAGAUGGACACCAUCAACACGACUGGGGCACAGAACCACUACAACUCUCAGAUUCAGGGCACUGUGAUCGCUCUCUACACCGUCGGCGGUAUCUUUGGGGCCCUCUCGUGCGUCUACCUCGGCGAUGCCUGGGGCCGCCGCAAAGUCAUCUUCAUCACCAAUGCCAUCACCGCGGUCGGGGCCAUCCUCAUGGCGUCGUCGUUCCACUUUGCGCAGUUCAUCGUCGCGAGACUGGUUCUCGGGCUGGGCAUCGGCGGGUACGUGGCCACGGUGCCGGUGUGGCAGUCGGAGAUCUCGCCCGCACACAAGCGCGGCUCCAACGUGGUCACGGACGGCAUCUUCGUGGGCAUCGGCGUGACGGGGGCGCUGUGGAUCGACCUGGGCUUCUACUUCAUCAAGGGCAACUCGGUGUCGUGGCGGUUCCCGCUGGCGUUCCAGCUGGUGCUCACGCUGACGGCCAUGGUCUUCAUCACGACGCUGCCCGAGUCGCCGCGCUGGCUCGUCAAGAUGGGCCGCGUCGACGAGGCGCGCGGCGUGCUCGCUGCGCUGCAGGACGAGGACGAGCACUCGGACUCGGUGAUGACCGCCAUCCAGGAUAUCGAGACCUCGCUCGCCAAGGCCGGCUCCGGCACCUGGCGCGACAUGUUCACCAUGGGCGAGGCCCGCCUCUUCCACCGCGCCUACCUCGCCGCCACCGGCCAGAUGUUCCAGCAGAUGUGCGGCGUCAACCUCAUCACCUACUACGCCACCACCAUCUUCCAACAGUACCUGGGGCUGGACCCGGUGAAGUCGCGCAUCCUCGCCGCCGCCAUGGGCCUGACGCAGCCGUUUGGCGGCUUCCUCGCGUUUUUUACGAUUGACCGCCUCGGCCGCCGCCCGCUGCUGCUCUGGAGCGCCGGCGUCAUGGCCAUCUCCAUGGCCAUCCUCGCCGGCACCACCUCGACCCAGAACAACACCGGCGCGCUCGUCGUCGCCGUCAUCUUCCUCUACAUCUUCCAGUUCACCUUCACCGUCGGCUACUCGGGCCUCACCUUCCUGUACGCCGCCGAGAUCGCCCCGCUGCAGGUGCGCGCCGCCGUCAACGCCGUCUCCACCGCCACCGUCUGGGCCUUCAACUUCCUCCUCGCCCAGGUCACCCCCGUCGGCUUCGCCACCAUCAACAACCGCUACUACAUCAUCUUCGCCGUCAUCAACGCCGCCAUGAUCCCCGCCGUCUUCUUCUUCUUCCCCGAGACCAAGGGCCGCUCGCUCGAGGAGAUCGACGAGAUCUUCGCCCAGUCCAAGUCCAUCUUCGACCCACCCAAGGUCGCCCGCCGCAUGGCCAAGAUGCAGGUAGGUCAGGUGUUCCUCGAGGCCCGCGAUACCUCCUCGAGCGAUGAGUCGACCGGCGACAAAGCUGUGAAGGCGUAG